AUGGAUCCCGCGCCAGACAGUGCGGCCUCGGUCAACAUUAUCUGGGUCGAGCUCCCGGCCGGCGUCAAGCGAGUCAUUUGCAACUUCCUGGCCGAAUACAGCGGCCCUAAUGUCAUUGAGGAGUUUCUCACGCUGUGUGGAAGGGCGAUCCUCACAAUGGACGACAAGGCACAGAGGGCGGCGACUAGAAAGCGCAAGAGAGAUGACGGUGACGUUACUGACCCUCCACGUGCUCCGGAGAAGAAACCCAAGGUUUUCGAGGCCACGCCGCCAUUGCAGUCCGCAGGCAUCGACAUCGUGUCUCCAAAGAUCCCUUUCGCAUGGCCUGCAUUCCGACAGUCGCCAAUCAUUUUUGGUCGGCCGACGCUCUCGCCCACCAUCGCUGGCAAGUCACCAACUGUUACACCGCUGUCAGCCGCGACGACCUCCGCUACUGCACCAAACAUUCCCAAAACCCUCCCUUCUUUCCUCCCAGAACCCAGAUCUCCCCCUUUCGUCCAAUUCGCAACCGCUCAGCCCGGGAAGCCAGUCCAACAAGAGCCAGAAUGUGAUGAGCAUUUCACCUUUGCCGACCGCAGAGCCUCCCACCCCGAGCCGGCCGCCCGAACGGGAACUCCUCAUCAGCACAGCCCAAUAGCUCAAAACGCAAGUUCCAACCGGCCACCACCAGUCCCCUCCACCAAGCCUUCACAGGGGACGCAUGGAUGGCAACCAAUGCCUACAAUUUACAAACCUCCCUUUACCGGAGUCGACAUGUCAUCCUUGAAGAUCCCAGCCAACUCCAAUGUCAGCGUGGCAAUGAAUUUCUUCCACGCUCCGUCGGUGCUCCAUCAGAACAUGGACAGCGGCGCGCCAAGGAAGCUCAAGUGCAUUCAAUGCAAGGAGCUCUACAUGGAAGCUCAGAACACGGCGAUGGAGUGCCGUCGGCACACAGGUCGCUGUGUCGACGUUGACGACGAGAAGUUCGACCACCACGACGUUCCGGUCGGAGCACACCAAGUCUGGGACUGCUGCCGAAGAACGGUCCAGAGCCGAGGUUGCUACCCGUGUAACCACUGCGCCGGCUGA